AUGCGCUUUCUGUGGCGUGAAUUCCAAGUUCACGUUCCUACGCUGGCCUAUCAGAGAAAUCCUUCAGUUCUGCCGAUCGGAUAUGUUCGUAUGCGCAUGCGUGAAGCAAUUUGGAGUCUUUUUACGACUAGCCUGGCCUUUGCCGGUGUCGAGCAUAUCUAUCUAUCUAUCUAUCUAUCUAUCUAUCUAUCUAUCUAUGUUACUAUCUAUCUAUCUCAACAUGUUGUUUUUCUAUCUAUCUAUCUAUCUAUCUAUCUAUCUAUCUUUUUCAGUCAGAUCUAUCUAUCUCUGUUACUAUCUAUCUAUCUCAACAUGUUGUUUUUCUAUCUAUCUAUCUAUCUAUCUAUCUAUCUUUUUCAGUCAGAUCUAUCUAUCUAUCUAUCUAUCUAUCUAUCUAUCUAUCUAUCUAUCUAUCUCAACAUGUUGUUUAUCUAUCUAUCUAUCUAUCUAUCUAUCUAUCUAUCUAUCUAUCUAUCUAUCUAUCUCAACAUGUUGUUUAUCUAUCUAUCUAUCUAUCUAUCUAUCUAUCUAUCUAUCUAUCUAUCUCAGCAUUAUAAAAAGUGGCUUUCUUCUGGCUUCCCUGCUAUAAUAACAAUUUUUGAAGAAGAUAUGAGCGUCUUUCUAUAUUGA